CGCGGUUUCCCCACUCCUGAGGUCCGUGGAAAUCGACCAACCAGCAGCGUAGCGUAGCGGACGUCACAGCGUGGCGCGUAACGGGCACGAGCGCAGCAGAAAGAUGGCGGACAGGGAGGUAGAUGCGGACGUUAAAAGCCUGACGGACAACCUACGAGAGCUGGCCAACGAGUUGUUGGAGCUCGGCGUGUCUGUGCAGUCUUCCGGGGAUUACUGCCAGCGCUUCUGUCAGACUCUUGUACAGUAUGCUGGGAAGUGGAAAAUCUCUGAUAAUCCUCUGCCUUUGUUGGAAGUAUAUACUGUGGCUAUACAGAAUUAUUCCAAGGCACGGCCUUGCCUCACAGCGGAGUGUGAGAAUGUAUGUUUUGUACUUGACCGACUAGCAUUGAGUUGUACAGAGCUUUUGCUUUGCUUGCCUGAUGAAGUACCAGGGACACUGUGGGAACAGUUUCAGGUUUGUGUGCAGGCAGCCCAUAAAAUACUGUCAGAAUAUGGGAAUCUAGAACUUCAAAUGUUGUCUGUACUUGCCCAGGAGGGUAGCAUUUGGAAGAGCUCUGUACUUGAAAGCAUUUUCUUCCAGCAGCCAAUGGAGCAGGAGAAAGUGAGUGAAUUUCUAAUGCAGGAAGGUCCUGCCCUUCUUGAAAUGAGAAUCCGACACCUCUUGAAAGGGAAGCAAAUUGAUCAGGCUACAAAGUUGGCAAAAGUUUGUGCAGAACAUCCAGAAAUCGGCAAAAAGAGUAUUUUUAAACAAAUCUACCUUACCUGCCUCUGUACAGCAUCCAGUGAUAUUUUGAUGGAAGAGAUCUCAGCAGUUGACUGCAAGGAUGCAUUGGAGAUGAUAUGUAACUUGGAGUCUGAUGGAGAAGACAACCUGGCCCUCAUCUUGUGCACAGCUUUCCUCACACGGCAGCUUCAGCAGGGCGAUGUAUACUGUGCAUGGGAACUGACACUCUUCUGGAGCAAACUGCAGCAACGGGUGGAGUCUUCCACACAGACCUUUCUGGAAUGCUGUCAGCAAUUCUCUAUGUUGUCCAAAACAGUUUAUCAUAUAUUCUUUCUUAUUAAGGUCAUACAAUCAGAGGCAGGAGAAGCUGGACUAUCAGCUUGUAUUGAGCUCUGUGUGAGAGCACUACGCAUGGAAUCAAAUGAAAGUCCCACAGUGAAAACGUCAAUUUGCAAGACAGUAUCAUGCUUGUUACCUGAUUAUUUAGAGGUCAGACGUGCAUGCCAGCUUACCGAAUUCCUGUUAGAACCUACGGUGGAAGCGUAUUAUGCUGUUGAGACUUUAUACAACCAGCCAGAUCAGAAAUAUGACGACGAAAAUGGUCCAAUUCCUAACUCAUUGAGAUGUGAACUCUUACUGGUUUUAAAAACACAUUGGCCAUUUGAUCCUGAAUUUUGGGAUUGGAAAACUCUGAAGCGCCAUUGUCUUGCAUUGAUGGGCGAGGAAGCAUCCAUUGUGUCUUCCAUAGAUGAACUUAAUGACAGUGACCUCUUUGAAAACAAUGAUAGCCAUCUUGAAGUUGCUCCAAAAGAGCAUUCACUGAAUGGACUUCCUAAAUUUUACAGCGAUGUGAUAAAAGUACAAAAUACUUCAUCUGAAGAAAUCAAAAUUAAGGAAAAAGAUAAAAUUGAGAAAGGUAUGGUGUCUGCCAGGUUUAAAAAUUGGCAGGCCUACAUGCAGUAUUGUGUAUUAUGUGACAGAGAGUUUCUGGGACAUCGAAUUAUCCGUCAUGCUCAAACGCAUAUAAAAGAGGGAAACUAUUAUUGCCCCAUAUGUGCCAAAAGUUUUAAGAAAAAGGAGAUUUUUGUUCCACAUGUUACAUUUCAUAUUAAGCAAUCUUGUAAAGAACGACUGGCUUCUAUUAAACCAAAAAGAAGAGUUGGAAGACCUCCUAAGAACUUGACCGAUAUUAGUGUUCCAAGUAAAAAGAUAUUGGAGAUAGACAAGCAGGACCAUCGUCCAAUAAAAAGGAACAGCAUAUAUAGUGAGGAUUUUGUCGUUUUCAGUGAUAGUGAUGGCUCUGAUGAUGAGGGCAAAGACAAAUCAUACAAACCUGCAAUCAUGAUUACACAAAAAGUGGACUGCACUGAAGAUUAUAACUGCCCUGUAACUACCUGUACAAAAACAUUUAAAUAUUUUAAAAAUUUAAUUGCACACGUGAAAGGUCACGGUAAUGAAGAAGAAGCAAAACAAUUUCUUAAAAUGCAGAGUAAUAAAGUUGUAUGUCAGUAUUGUAGGAGACGUUUUGUCAGUGUUUCUCACCUUAAUGAACAUUUGCAAAUUCAUUGUGGCCCUAAACCUUAUGUCUGUAUACAGCUGGAAUGUAAUGCAAGCUUUGGUACAUAUUCUGAAUUGGUAGGACACCGGAAAGUGCAUGCAUUGUUCAAAGCUAAAUGCAUGUUUCAGAAUUGUGGAAGAGUUUUUACCGAGUCUUAUUUGUUGUAUGAUCACGAAGCACAGCAUUACCAUAAUUCCUCAUAUACUUGCAAAUUCUCAAACUGUGGAAACAUUUACUACUCCCAGAGUGAAUUGCAGAAGCAUGAAGUUGGUCAUGUCACGCAGGCUUGUGUGAAAAUUGAAGCUGGAAGUGGUUCACCUUUUGAAACAAAACAGCUUGCUCCAAAUAGAGCUGAUCAGAUAGACCAGCUAUUGAAGAUGAAAGAUGAGCCAUGCAAUCAGCCUGACACCUACCAGAAUGGUUUUGCUACUGAUUGUGUUGCAGGUGAAAUUGUUGAAUCCAAAUCUUCCAUGUCAGAAAAACUAAAUGCUUUGCCAUCCAGCAGAGAACGGUGCCAUCUUCCAAAAGCCACAUACACUGGUCUGACUGUGAAGAAUGAAGAGAUCAACAUGGAUCAAACGCAUUGUGUUUUGCCAAAAGCAAUGUUUAAAGGGGAGGGCACCCUUAUUUCCCCAUUACCUGAAGAAACGGAACCUGGUGAAGUAACAAAAUCGGUUCAAAUGUUCAGCUGUAAAGUUGAUGGCUGUAGUCGAAGCUAUGCUUCAUCACGCAGUGUCAGUAAACAUAUUAAGGCUACGCACCCUGAGUACUAUGAAACACUGAAGAAACAGCAAGACCUAUCAAAAAUCCAACAAAUUAGAAAUCCCUCAAAAUGUCAAAAUCAGGAAAGCCCUCCAAGCUCAUUGUGUUUUUCAACUGAGGAAAGCUUAGAUAUAACACAUGAAAGCACCUUGAACACAGUAUGUGCUAUGUAUCAACCUAUUACCAGUGUUUUAACAGUUGAAAGCGAUCAUGUAUCCCAAUCCAGGAAAAAAAAGCACACACACAAUAAGCGUGCAAAAUGGCCUGCAAUAAUCAAGGGUGACAAAUUUAUCUGUAGCAGGUGCUACAGAGAAUUUACAAAUCCUAAAUCUCUUGGUGGUCAUUUGUCACGUCGAGCUAUCUGUAAACCUUAUGACAGAAAAGAAAGUUCUUCAGUUGUGGAGCAGAAGAGUGGACAGGCUUUAUACAAAACAGAAAAGGUUAUUUCACCAGAUGCGUUUGUCCAUCAGGAACCUGAACCUCCCUGUGUCACAGAUACAUUCUUGUCAGGGGAAACAUUUCUUCAAUCAUUGGAAAUGGCGGACCAUACAGCUCCAUUUGCUACCCAUGAACUUUUUCAACCAACACAGCAGAACAGCUACAGUUCUGCAUUUGGGCCAAACAAGAGUCCCCAGGUCCCUGGUCUUCCUGGAACAUUUGAGACUGCAGUAAUUCAACAAACCUUUCAACCUAAUUUUGAAAUGAGGACUGUGGAGGGCAGCCCAGUCAACAUCAGUAUGCCACAAGCACUAACAACUAUCUGUAGCCCAGGUUCAUUUGUGGCUGGUGAAGACUUAUCACUCAGCACUGAAGUUCCAUCAAUGAUAGAUUCAACUAAAGGCUCAAGGCCCUAUUCACCUUGUGAGCCCUUGCAGCAGGCACUCGAAUCCAGUUUUUGUUCAGGAGCAACUUUUGUUGACAAUGAGAUUGCCCCUCAAAAUUUGGAAAGCAGUUGUGAGCCAACUAUCUUUUUCACUAAUGGCAUCCUCCCUAGCAUUAAUAGCAAUCAUAACUCAUCUCUCUCUGAACACUCUAAGACAUCAGAUAUAUGCAUUGCUGAACUGCUGUUGGCCUUGCAAAAUCUAAAUUUGGAAUAUGACAAACUUUACAAGAAUGAUGCAUCUUGCCCUACCUCAAGUUCAGGGACACCGAUUUCUUCCAUGAACAUCAUGACACACACAUCAAUGAGUAAUUGUGUCAAUACUCCAAAUACAAUCAAUAAAUGUUUGACAGACACACAAACAAAUACAUCAGUGCCAGCUGCUGAAAAUGGCAAAGAGCUGAAAGUGAAUCUCAUUAAGCCAUUUAUCUGUCAGGAAGGUGGCUGUAUCUAUAGUGCAAUGACUAAAGAUGCUUUGACCAACCAUUAUGUCAAAGUGCAUCAGUACUCCAAGGAACAGAUAAUGGAAAUGAAGAUGUAUCAGACCAGAUUUGCUCCAUUUCGAUGCCAUGUUCCUAACUGCCAGAAAACAUUUACAAGAAAUUCUAAUCUCCGAGCCCACUACCAAUCGAUGCAUCAGGUAACACGGGAACAGCUAGUAAAACUGAGAAUUAAAAGAGCAUACUGUAGGAAAUCAGAUGGCCCUCAUAAAGCAGUAGAUAAUGUACCAUCAUCACAGGCAAUCAUUUCUCAACCCAGAAGUGAUGGGUUGCAGGAAAAUGAAUCCAGUGAACUGCAUAAAUUGGAACCAGUAACUGGACAUAAUGAGAUUAAUUCAGAAAUUAAUCUCCAUUUACAUAAUUCUCCGAAUGCAAAAACUGUUCUUUAUAACCAUACAAUGUCACAGAGUAGCUCAAUGCUGUUAGCAGAUCUUCAGGAUUGCUCAGCAAUACCAGCACAACUUCAAAAUGAUUUGACUCAAUCAGUGGUGCAGCAGGAUGCCUUGGUGCCAGCAGCAGGGUCUCAGGAUACCCCAAUGUUACUGGCAGAUCCUCAAGAUGCCUCUGUGUUGACAGUUGAAUCACACAGUAGCCUUGCACAAACAGCAGGGCUACCGGCUGUUGCACCACUUCUGGCAUGGCCACAGGAUGUCUUGCUGCAAUCGGUGGAUCCCCAAAAUGUCUCACCAGUAUCAGAGGGGCUGCAGGAUGUGUCCUUACUGCCAACAGUGGAAGAAUGUGUUUCACCACUACCAGCAAUACCACAAACUGCCUUGCUUCCAGAGGUACAAGGUAUUACACAACUAGUAUCAGGACCAGCAAAUAUCUCAUUACUAUCAGCAGGGCUCCAGGAUGUCCCAAUUCUACCGUUAGAACCACAAGGUCUCUCUCAACCAGCAUCUGAUUCAGCAGAUAAUUCAUUAUUGCCAGCUGGGUCACAAGGUGCCUCACCAGUGCCAGCAGGGCUACAGGGUAUGUUGCCACCUGUUGAAUCACAAGAAGACUCGGUAUGUGAAGUCAGAACAAAAGAUCCCUUCCUAGACUAUGAAAGGCCAAAAGAUAUCUUGCUGCAUCCACCAGAUAGGUCAGUACAAAGAAGAAAAUGUAUGGGACGUUUGAAGCAAGCUAAAAAAGCUGGAAGUACAGUGAAGUUUAUGAAGAUGUCAGCAGGAGAAAAGAAGUGCAAGAAAUCAAUUACUAAAAUAAGAACAGAAUGUAACAGUAAUCGAUUUCACAAACCGUACAAAUGUGUCCACAAAGAUUGUUCUGCAGCUUUCACUAUUCAGCAAAACUUAAUACUCCACUAUCAAGCUGUGCACCAGUCUGACCAACAGCAUCUUCACUUGCAGAUCAAACAAGAAACCACCAAAAACGCUGCUGUCCAAAUGAAAGAAUUUCAGUGUCAACUUAACGAUUGUUGUAGAAUUUUCCAAGGAAUCACAAACCUAAUUAAACACUACUCAGAUAUUCACAAUCUCACUUUAGAUGAAAUGGGAAAAAUAGUAUCCUCUGUCAGUGAAGGAAAAUUGUUUCGGUGUGACCAAGCUGAUUGUGUUUCUUCUUUCACUGUUUUCUGGAGUUUUAUUAAACACCUUAUGGUAGCUCAUGGCAUAGAUGUGGAAAGUCAGCAAAGUGAUAUGGACAUGACCUGUUUUAAAUGUGACUGUGAAGGCUGUGAUCGGACUUACGCCACUAGAUCUAAUCUUUUAAGACACAUCUUUACAAAGCACAGAGAGCUUCAUCGGUCUCAUUUAAUGAGACCAAGAAGAAUCAUGACAGAUCAAGAAAACAUUCCAAGAACAGCCAAUCAGGAUGAUCUCCCUGAUGAAAAAAGUUAUUUUGCCCCUGAAGAAAAUGAAGACAUCACGAAUCAUGGUAAAUCUAAACCCAUAUCAAGGGAAUGUUUUACUACAGAUAGCAGAAGUAUGAAAAGCGGAGAAGUUGAUUGUCAUAAGUCUUGCAGCUCUAGAAAAGUUGCUAAAUAUACUUUUAAAAGUAAGGCCCAAGCUUUGGAUAUAUGUAACAAGUCUGUGAAAGAACAAUAUCCGUGUAUGUUUAAGAAUUGUUCAUCAGUUGUCACCAGUGAACGCAGUCUAGUAAAACAUUAUAAGAUUCAUCACAAAAUUUCUAAUACAUUUGUAAGUCAAUAUCACAAGCAUCUGGUAACUUGCAGGAAGCAUGCUAGCAUCCAAGACAAAGAAGCAACUAAAUAUAUAACCAACCAUGAAGGAGGCCUGGUAGAAAAUGCUGUCAGUAGAGUGAUGAUUCAACCACAAGCCAAGCUAAGUGAAACUGAAAUUUUAAAUAAGCAAAUAGAGAGUGAUAACUAUUUUAAGACAGCUAAUGAAAUUUCACCAUUGUUUAAUGCUAAACUGAUUGCGAAUACCUCUGCUUGCAUUAAAACUGAACAGGAGGAAACUGUAGAGAUGAUUGCUGAGAGUAAAGUGACUAAUGUAAAUAAACAUCAGUCUUGUAAAAAACGAUCAAACAGUCACCUGACUCUUUCAGACACAGAAGAGCACAUUGAGAAUACAAAGAAAAAGAAUGCAAUAAUGGACAAUUCUGAGAAUCUAUUGGAAGAUACAAUCCAAAUUUUCGAUGAGAAAGAUGCUUCACCUUCAAAGCACAUCCCAUGUAUUCACAAGCCUCACCGCCACAAACCUUUUGACUUUAGUACAUUCAAACCUAUGGGAUUUGAAUUUUCAUUCCUAAAAUUCCUUGAAGAAUCUGCUCUGAAACAAAAGAAAAGUGCUGUAUCUGAUAAAAGUCUAUCUCACACUUGUACUCUUAACACUGAGAAAAUGGCCGAUCAUGGUUUAGUCUCAUCGAGUGUAAUGUUAAGUGAUGAGAGUAAUUCAUCAGCAAGCUAUCCUGUAAAGGAUGACAGAAAUUCAAGGGUUCCUGUUGACCGCACCAAACAGUCAGAUGCAGAUAGAUUACGUAUGGGAACUACCAAUUUUGAAUCUCCAUUGUCUCUCCACAUACUUAAGAACAUAAAAAUAAUAAUGGACAAUUCAAACUCAGAUUGUGUUGAGCUUGCUGAGAAGCAACUCCAACGUAUGCAACCUACAGUAGUGCUUAGCCGAGUAAAAGUAGACUUUAAUAUGCUGGCCCAGGUUAAAAGUGUAAAAGAAAGAAUGGCUGUAAAAAGUACAUAAUUCUGUAACAUCCACUAUAUAUUGAAGUAAGGGUAAUUUAGAAGCUGUAAUUUGCUUUCAUUUGGUCCUUGCCAGUAAUCAAACCAAAAGGAUGCCUUGUAAAUUUUAACAAAAGCAUGUUUAUAAGUGUUCAGCUUUUUUAAGUUUUUUUUUUAAAUAAACACAAACUAACAUGGCAAUAGCCAUGUCCAUUAUAUUCUACAAAAUCCCUAUGGGACAAAAUUGUAGCACAGAACAGUUGCUCUGUUUAUGUAAAACAAAAGUCAUAAACUGAUGUCAGACAGUUUUAUAUGGAGGAGGUAGUGUUAUCUUGAUUGACUGUUAUGGAGGUCUGUACAUUCUGUUAGUGACUUUGUAGAUCAGCAUUGCUGAAGCACGCUGGCAAAAGCUUGAAUUGUCAUUAUCUAUAUAUUUGAGAUUGUCACCCGUUUGCUACAAAUCCUUUCUAAUCCCAUAAACACAUUCUUUACAAUGUUGGGCAUAGGUAUAAUAAAAAAAACUUGCAAAGAUCCAAAUAGUUUUUAUUUAUUUCAAUAAAUUAUGCAAAUGUUUGCUACCAUUUUUGGUACAACUGCAUAAACGAUAUUUGAAGUCAUAUUUGUUUUUGGAGCAAGGAGGAAGAAAUAUGUAAUGUUUGCAAAUAAUUCAUUGUGUGUAAUCUGUGGGAUAGCCCUCUCAAGUAACUCGCAGUGAGAGUUUUGAGAACAAAUUCUAGCAAAACCAGUGGUCUAUUGUAACCAGGUUAUUGGCCUUCAAGAAGCAUCUGUUGAAGAAAGCAUCACUUUUCAAUAAAUUCCAAUUUAGAGAUGUUUCCCCCAAGUGUUACUUUCCCUAUAAUGGAAUGAAAGAUCAUGUUGGUACUGUCUCUCAAUUAUGCAGUUAGUACUAUGCGGUUUCAAAUGUUUAAAGGCACUCUUAAAAAUACCUGACCAUUAAAGCUUAGGGUAUAAUGUUUUUUGUGUAAAGUCAACACUGAAGAAUAGAUGUCCGUUUAUUUAUAUACUGACAACUGUUAAAAGAAAAAGAUAAGUAAUUCAGUUAUAAAGCUCAGAUGUUUAAGCAAUGGGAUCUGAACAGUUGAUCAUCUGAGUGCUACUGUGUGUGUGUGUGUAUAUAUAUAUCUGUGUAUAAUUAUAUAUAGUCUUAUUGCUCAAGAGCUUUGUUAAAUGAAGUGUGUACAUUUGAAGUUAAUUGUUUUGCUUCUGAACUUACCCGCCAAUAUUCAGUGUCUGAAUAAUCAUUGGUAGCAAUUCAAAGUAUUAAUCUGGCCAGUGUGACUUAAUAAAAGCUAAAAGAACUGCAAAUACUGUAAAUCAGAAACAAAAACAAAUUGCUGGAAAAGCUCAAUAGGCCUGGCAGCAUAUGUGGAAAGAAAUCAUUAGCGUUUUGGGUCGAGUGACCCUUCCUCAGAACUUGAUCCGAAACAUUAACUCUGAUUUCUCUUUACACUUGCCAGAUCCACUGACUUUUUCCAGUAACUUGUUUUUGAGGCAGUGUGAAUUAAUAUUGUUUAGUUGGUCACCUUGGUUUUCAUUGACAACCAGCACAGUGUUACAGCAUACAGACCAUUUCAUCAAACCACAGGACCACCUUGACGUGUACGACUGUGCAAUGCACCUUGCCAAAGGAUUAUUGAAAGCAUACAAUAUGGUAUCGGGAAAAACAAUUUCUUUUGUAUUAUAAAACAGCCUGUAAUUGUGAGGAAACAUUCCUUUCUUUUGUAUACCAGUCUGUAUAGUUGUCCUCAUUUAUAGAUUUGAAUACAGUAUUAUUGUAAAUACUGCAAUACGGUAUUAACUUGAAUUGGCAUUUAGAUGACUAGAAUAUAAAAUUAGAUGUCAAUUUGAAAAUGCUUUUGUUUUAUUAAAUUAAUAUAAAACACAAAAUAAAUCUGUU